UUACAGCAUCCCAUCUUCUUUCUCAAGAGUAGGAAAUAUGAACAGGCCAGGUGACUGGAAUUGCAGUUCGUGCCAGCACCUCAACUUCCAAAGGAGGGACUCAUGCCAGCGCUGUGGAGAACCGAGACGCGGUGGCGAAAGAGGCGAGUAUGGAAGUUUCGGUGGUAGCAGGGGCGGCGGCUCAUCGUUAGGGUUCACUGGACCCGACGUUAGGCCUGGUGACUGGUAUUGCACCGUGGGCAACUGCGGGGCUCACAACUUCGCUAGCAGAUCAAGCUGCUUCAAAUGUGGUGCAGCCAAAGAUGAAUCGUCUGGUGGAUUUGAAGGUGACAACGUCCCACGUAUGAGGGGUUAUGGUUUUGGCAGUGCCAGCUCUACUCGCUCUAACUGGAAAUCUGGAGACUGGAUUUGCACCAGGUUCAUUUCAUUGAUUCAAUAUAUACAGUUAUAUACAAACACGUAUACUACAUGGUUGAACAUAAAAUUAAACGUUAGAACUGAUGAACAUUUGUUGAUAUGCUUGAACAUAAGGUCUGGCUGCAACGAGCACAACUUUGCCAGCAGGAUGGAAUGUUUCAGAUGCAAUGCACCAAGGGACUCCAACACCCACAAAUCUUCAUACUAAUUAAUAAAAUGAAAUCUUCAUUUUUGGGUAGCGGUGCAGUGCAGUCCCAGGAGAGAGAUGAGAUCCGUGAGACAAGGC